AUGCUCAUUACCACAGUCCUCAACAUCCAGGCAAAUCUCAUCCUGUCCUUGUCAGAGCUUCUUUCUGAUAAUGGAUCCAGUCAUUGGAUGUAUGCUGGGACCGCCAUUCGGAUGGCUCAGAUCAUGCGACUCAAUAAAGAAUACCACUCAAGACACCCCGAACAAGAACGCGAGAUCCGCCGGCGCACGUUCUGGGCGUGCUUGCAAAUUGACAGAUUGCUUGCGUUUAGCUUGGUCAAGCCACAAACCUUGUCACUGAGAAAUGUGAACAUCUCGCUCCCAGCUAGUGACAUCUCCCUAGCCUAUGGCGAGAAGACCCGAGGCAUCACUCUCGAGACUUUGGUAACUUUCGACGGGAAUCCAUCAGAUAUUAGCAUCCAGUCAUACUUGAUUAAGGGUCUUUGUAUAUGGAGUGACUUGGCCGACUUUCAUGUCACCCAAGAGCGAAUGGUCUCAAAGCUACCGCCGACUGAUCCCUCCAGUCGAUUCGCCCAGCUCUGUGCCUCGCUUCACCAUUGGGCCGAUACCCUACCACCUCGCAUACAAUGGUCCGAAGAGAACUAUAGAAUACAUCAAGACCUCAAUCAAGGGACGGCGUAUUUGGCGAUUCAUUGUCUUCUGCAGAGCGCGUGGUGCGUUUCGCACCAGGACUACCUGCCCCAGACAGAUGAACAUUCAAUUUUGCUCGAUUACAUGGAUUCGGCCGGCUGGUCGUUUCUGCACAGGGAGUCAACUAUAAUAUCGGCAUGCACAUCUCAUGCCAUGCAAGUUGGAAAAUUGAUCGAAACUUACCUGAGCACCGACCGAGAUCUUGAGAACCAAGGACAGUCUUUAUUCCUCGCUCUGGCAAUUCUGUCGACCGCCAGCCCACUGCUUUGGCUGCGAUACACACAAGAUGAACAUGGCUCCGAGGAGAAUAAAGACCUCGCGGAUACCUAUUUUGAAAAUUACAUACGACUAAUCAGAUCCUGGCGGGGUGCCUGGGACAUUGCAAAUACCUGGUUACGACAACUAGAGGAGAUGCGCUCAUUAUAUCGCUUUGCAUACAUGGGUAUUCUUGAUGAUGAUGCGCACGCGGAUGCUCCAUCCAGACAUAACACUCCACCCGAGCAAAGCCCGCAAUCCCCAGAAUACCGUCCAAGCCCUGGGGACGGCUUGCCACCAGCCACCAUCUCGAAGAACAUCUAUUCGCUUCUUAGAUUGAACAGAACUGCAAAUUUGAAUCUACGAGAGGAAUAUCAGUCGUCUAUCUGGUUUACACUUAUGCAGGGCUGGCCGCAAAGCGUCGAUAUCAGUGCUUGGGACGAAUCUAUGCAGGGUCAGGAACCCACUGCAUCUAUGGAGUGGCGGUGA